AUGGAGGCAGAGAACGAGGGGGAGAUGGAAGGUUACCGGUCGGAAGACAUCCCGGAAAUUGAGAACAUGGCCAUACAAACGGCAGAUCCGGUGGUUCCGGCGGAUCUGGUGGUUCCGGCGGUGGUUCCGGCGGAGGUUUCGGUGAGGCCGGAAAGAGAAGCACUUGGCGGUGAGAGGGCUCCGUCACUUGACCAGUCGACUCCAGUGAGGCGCUUGAGAGAUGAGCGAACUCCGUCCUCAAAAGCUCUGAUAAGGCUAAGACAUGUGUACAUGAGAUGUUUAGAGAACUGA